CGGUUCGGUCUAGGGUUUUGUUCGUUUGUGAUUAGUAUACUCGUUUUAUUGUAAUUUAUUGUUUGUUAUCCUGUUAAAUUCGUUUCAAGUUGCAAGUUGAACAUGGAAAAUCCACUUUUUGGCACAGCACAUCUACUGGAUGAAGUGGAUAAGAAAUUGAUGGUUUUAUUAAGGGAUGGUCGGACAUUAAUAGGAUACUUACGCAGUGUCGAUCAAUUUGCCAACCUAGUUUUGCACCGUACUAUUGAGCGAAUACACGUUGGGAACGAGUAUGGUGAUAUUCAACGUGGCGUAUUCAUAAUACGGGGUGAAAACGUUGUACUACUAGGCGAAAUUGACAGAGAAAAGGAAAAUAAUCUUCCUCUUAAAGAAAUCUCUGUUGAUGAUAUCUUGGAUGCACAACGACGAGAACAAGAAGCCAAACAGGAGAAGCAUCGACUGAUAUCGAAAGCCCUAAAAGAACGAGGUCUAAACAUGAACUCUGAACUAACACAAGACGAAUUUUAGGCAGGAAACUGUUUUUCAUAUUAUACAUUUUUAGCAGAAACUACGUUUCGAUGUAUCGCUAAGGUUUAUUAUAGGUCUACUUUCUUUUUCCAACAAAAA